AAUAUAUUCAUUCCGCAUCUGACCCGUCUCACAUAUUUUUCAAAUUUGUUGAUCCGCACCCAUCAUGGAGCUGAUCAAACUUGGCGGGGCCGCUGGUAAAAAAAAAAAAAUUCCCAGUGCUAUUUCUAAUCCGCCAAGUUCAUUACUUCUUCCAGAAGUUCCCUUGCCAUUUUUUCUGCUUUUGGGAUUUAUUACCAGUUGUUGACGACUUUGACAUCGCUUUGUUUGAGUGUUCUUUCUGAGUCAACCAUAAAUAGAAAUUUGAUAGACCAAAACCAAACUAAAUGACUCGUGACAAUACUUGCCAAAAGAUUAUGUAAAGACAAAAUGUAAUCUGUCAAUGGAGUUUUUCUCUAAACCACCAUUCCAUUAAUAGAUUAGAGAGUUUAACGCAAGGGGAGUUUUUUUCUUUCUUUCGCAAGGGGAGUUUUACACGCUUAGCCAUGCAAUUCGGUCCUAAAAACAAAACACAAAACAUGUGUCAAAGAUUCGAAUUAUAUAUUCCUGACCAAAUAUAUAAGAAAAAGCACAAAGGACAAUUCUAUUCAGAAUCUGUGAAUUACAAAUCCAUAGAAGAGAAAGGUUUCUCUUCACCUUUCUCAUCUUGGGUUCUGCUAAUUUCUAGAUUUUGAUUAAACCUCCUCUGUUUCAACAAUGGUGGAGCAGACAAAGAAGAGAUUCAUCACAACCGACGAUCUCAAAAAACACAACCAACCUGGAGACUUAUGGAUCUCCAUCCAAGGCAAAGUCUACGACGUCUCCCACUGGGUCAAAUCCCACCCCGGAGGCGAAGCAGCAAUCCUAAACCUCGCCGGCCAAGAUGUCACCGACGCGUUCAUCGCUUACCAUCCAGGAACCGCAUGGCGCCACCUCGAAAACCUCCACAACGGCUACCACGUGAAAGAUUUCCACGUGUCAGAAGUCUCACGUGACUACCGUCGCUUAGCCGCGGAGUUCUCAAAACGCGGACUCUUCGACAAAAAAGGUCACGUGACUCUCUACACGCUCACGUGCGUCGCUGCGAUGCUCGCGGCAGUUGUCUACGGCGUCGUUGCAUGCACGAGCGCAUGGGCCCAUUUAAUAUCCGCCGUCUUGCUCGGCCUCCUCUGGAUACAGAGCGCUUACGUCGGACACGACUCCGGUCAUUACAACGUGACGUCGACGAAACCGUGUAAUAAACUCGUCCAGCUUCUCUCCGGUAACUGCAUCACCGGGAUCUCGAUCGCGUGGUGGAAAUGGACGCACAACGCUCACCAUAUCUCUUGUAACAGCCUCGACCACGAUCCUGAUCUCCAGCACAUCCCUGUCUUCGCCGUCUCCUCCAAGUUCUUCAAGUCCAUGACGUCACGUUUCUACGGAAGGAAGUUGACGUUCGAUCCUCUGGCUCGGUUCUUUAUCAGCUACCAGCACUGGUCGUUUUAUCCAGUCAUGUGUGUGGGGAGAAUCAAUCUCUUUAUACAAACGUUCCUUUUGUUGUUCUCGAGACGUCACGUUCCUGAUAGAGCUUUGAACAUCGCUGGGAUUCUUGUUUUCUGGACAUGGUUUCCUCUUUUAGUCUCGUUCUUACCAAACUGGCGAGAGAGGGUCAUCUUUGUUUUUGUAAGCAUGGCUGUCACGGCGAUUCAGCACGUUCAGUUCUGUUUAAACCAUUUCGCGGCAGAUGUUUACACCGGUCCGCCUAAUGGGAACGAUUGGUUUGAGAAGCAAACCGCCGGUACGCUUGAUAUAUCGUGUAGGUCGUAUAUGGAUUGGUUCUUUGGUGGGUUGCAGUUUCAGCUAGAGCAUCAUUUGUUCCCUCGGCUGCCGCGUUGCCAUCUAAGGGGAGUUUCACCUGUGGUUCAGGAGCUUUGCAAGAAGCAUAAUCUACCGUACAGGAGUCUUUCGUGGUGGGAGGCUAAUGUGUGGACGCUCAGGACACUGAGGAAAGCGGCGGUUCAAGCUAGAGAUGUGACUAAUCCUGUAUUGGAGAAUUUGCUCUGGGAAGCUCUGAAUACUCAUGGCUAGAAAAAAAAAACUGAACAGUACAGAACGGUUUUGGUUUUGGUUUUGAAUGGUGUUUAAUUUCGUUUGUGAGGUACUUUUCUAGUGGAAGAGGUGUGUUAGUUUGAUCAUCAUUUGAUCUCAUAAGAAUAUGUAACUUAAAUUUAAUUUUGUGCUCAGUUAUUAUAAUGUUGCUGGCUCCUUUCCAAUGUCUUA